AGAACAAAAAUAGAACCCUAAUUGUGUAAGCAUUGAUUCAGCACAAGUCUUCAGUCCUAACUUUUGCGACUAAAAGGCGAUAAUUUUCUGCUGGCGUAAGCAUAUUUCUUUUUUGUUCACCAAGUGUUCGAUAAAAUUCCCCAGUGAAAGCAUUAGUAGUAGUUGUAACUAGUAAGUAGCCUAAAAGAAACUUUUGAACUCUCAAUAUGCAUCAAUACAUUCUGUAAUCAUCAACAUCUUGCGGCUUGGACCAAUGAGUUAGAAUGUAAUUGGUGUUCAAAUGUUAUGAUCACAGCUCUUGCAUUUCUGGGGAUAAAGUAUGGCUUCUAGUAAAGUUCGAACAAGUAGUUUCUCACGGAAAGUUCCAGCCGCACCCCCCUCUUCCAUCCCCGGGCUCAAGUAUGGACCAAACGGCACAAUCUUUCUUUCAUCGGGCAUACCUGAUCUUGACAAAAUUUUAGGGGGAGGCUUCCAUUUAGGAAGUCUAGUGAUGAUCAUCGAAGACACCGAAGCACCUCAUCAUAUGCUUUUGUUAAGGACUUUCAUGUCUCAAGGAUUAAUACAUAACCAACCUGUUCUUUACGCGAGCCCGUCUAAAAACCCACGGGCUUUUCUUGGAACUUUACCAGCUACAUUAGUCUCUAAAGAUGACAAAUCUAUUAAAAGUGAUGCAGAGCAGAAGGAUUUGCGGAUUGCUUGGCAAUACAAGAAGUACCUUGGGGAAAAUAAACCGCCUAUUGAGGAGCGAGAUGGGAAAGUAGAGUACUGCAACGAUUUCGAUCUACGGAAGCCCAUAGAAAAGCAUUUGAUAGCGGGAAACCGUGUGGAGUGUGUUAGCCUUUUGGAUUGUUCAAGCCUUACUGGAAUUCGUGAUUCUUGUUCAAAGUUUUUAUCUCAACUUCCAAGGUAUGAUGGAAAUAUUACAAGUGCUGGACGAAUCGCCAUUCAGUCAUUCUGUGCUCCGCAAUGUGAAUACUAUGACAAGGAAUGGGACAUGCUUUCCUUCAUCCGAUCAAUAAAAAGCAUGGUACGGUCCUCAAACGCAGUUGCGUUUCUAACCUUCCCAGCUUCCCUUUUAUCACAAUCGGUGUCAAAAAGAUGGCAACAUCUGGCUGAUACCUUGUUGUCUAUUAAAGCAAUUCCAGAUGAGGACAAGGAGCUCGCUACUCUAUUAACUGGUUACCAAGACAUGCUUGGGCUUCUAAGUAUACAUAAGGUUGCACGUUUCAACACACAGGUGCCAGUAAUUCUAGAUGCAACAACAUAUUCGAUGAAGCUGCAAAAACGACGAUCAUUGGUUCUAGAAUGUCUUAAUCAAGCACCUGUUGACGGGGCAAGUGGAAGUUCUGGUGGUUGUUCCAGCUCUUCAAACACUGGCACCCUUGAUUUUUGACGCACAACUCAUUCGUGUAGCCGGUGAGUGGAUCAACCUGUUAAAUUAAUUAGUACACAUUCCUUAAAUGUCAACUCUUGGCAUUGAAUUUUGGGGGUGUUUGGCUAUGUGAGUAUAGCGAUUUUAAGUUAGUUCAUAGACUCUCUUGUUUGAGCUUGUGGUUGUCUGGGUAAACGGUGAAUUUUAGUUAUAAUUAUCUGCUUAUCUAAAGGGUGACGACCUACCUAGUUUAGGAGUAGCGGUAAAAAACUGAUUAUCAGGAAUAGAAAAGUACUUUGUUAUCCUUGCGAUUAUUAUUGGAUGUUGAUAUCGGUACACCA